GCAGCGAUGCUACUCUCUUGACUCCUAUCCGUGUAAUCUCGGUGCUUAUGAAGUUGCGUGUGUGUGUGUUGUGGUGGCCGCGGCGCACAGUGCUCUGACACACACACACAUGCACAUAAGUUAUACGACAUAUAAAAUACAAGAGAAUACAACUCAAAGAUCAGUGUACUCAACGACUCACCUGCUAACGUAGUAAAAAUCGUACCUACACUGUAUAUACAAUGUAACGCGUACACACUACACGUUGUUUUGUCCAUUGUAUGUAAUGUAACCAAUACAAAAUUCUGCAAUAAUCGUGUCGGUGUUCGCGAGACAAUAAUUGAUUCGUUUGUUUAGUUCAGUGACAACAAUAGGAGCAGAAUUUUUAUCACUGUAUACAGGACACGUUCUUUUACUUGAAAUCGAAGUACUUGAAUGGAAAAUAAAGGACUUUUCAAGGUUCGAGCACAUAUUAUAGAAAUACCAAUUAGUACUUGAGUAUCAAAAAAGCAUUGGUCUGCAAGGUGCACCGGAACCAGAAAAUGACUCUCUUCUGCAGUGAAAUUUAGAUGUUCAGAAUUCAAUUCGUGUGUUUAUUUGUCAACAAAAUUGACACUUUAUUAUGGUAACCAGCAAGAGUCAAGCCAUAUCGUACUGUCACAAAAAUGCUACAAUAUCUCAUGACAAAGACUACGUUCAGGAACUUGUACCACCUUGGAUUAUAAAUCCUCUUUUUCUACCGCAUAUUACAACUACUUCAGUCAAUUAUUUCCAUGUAAAUUUGGCACAUCGCUACUCUAGACUGAGGUGUCUAUUUAUAGAAAAUUAAUUAGCAUAUUAGAAGUACAGGUCAAAUAAUGUCAAGAAAAUUGUAUGUGAUUUUAAAAGUUUCAAAUACUCAAUAUCAAGUAAACAGACCAAGCAUAUCCAUGAAGUGAUUAUAAUGACGUAAACAAGGAUAAUAACAAUGACUGUUUUUAUAUAAUUAUUCAAAAAUGCAAGCCAAAAAACGUUAUCUUCUUGUCUUCGUGACUUGUGCUUUCCUGGGUUAUUGUUAUUUUGGUGGCUAUAGAUUAAAAGCCACAAAACUUUUGGAGCAGAGAAAAUUAUCAUACAAUGAUUUAAGUUACUACGUUGUCAAUCACGAAUACAAAAAUAAUUAUGGUAAAUACUCAAAAUCAUCAAAUAAGGAUUCACAAGCGACAAAUAAUUUUCGAGGUUGUGAUAUGGAAACAUGCUUUGAUUUUAAUAAGUGCAGAGAAGGAUUUCUUGUUUAUGUCUAUCCUAUUGAAGAUAAUAUUAGUCCAUUGUACCAAAAAAUACUGAAUGUUAUAACUGAAUCAAGAUAUUUUACAUCUGAUCCAACAAGAGCUUGCUUAUUCGUUUUGGCUCUAGACACACUUGACAGAGAUCCUCUAUCCACAGAAUUUAUUCAUAAUUUACCUUCCAAAAUUGCACGAUUGCCAUACUGGAAUAAUGGAAGAAAUCAUUUAAUUUUUAAUUUGUACUCUGGUACUUGGCCAGAUUAUAUAGAAGAAGCAUUAGCCUUUGAUUACGGUUAUGCCAUUCUUGCUAAAGCCAGUUUAUCUACUAGAAAGUUGAGAGAAGAUUUUGAUGUAUCUAUACCUCUUUUUUCAAAGCAGCAUCCUGAAAGGGGUGGUGAACCAGGGUUAGUUACUAGCAUUCAUAAUUCUAAUACUAAAAAGUAUUUGGCUGCUUUUAAGGGAAAAAGAUAUGUUCAUGGUAUUGGUUCAGAGACAAGGAAUGCUCUGUACCAUUUACAUAAUGGAAAAGAUCUCAUAUUCAUAACAACUUGUCGUCAUGGUAAAUCUUGGAGAGAGUUGCAAGAUGAACACUGCCAGCAAGAUAAUAGAGAGUAUGACAUGUAUGAUUAUGAUGUUUUGUUACUGAAUUCCACAUUUUGUCUUGUACCCAGAGGUCGUAGGCUUGGAAGCUUUAGAUUUUUGGAAGCAUUGAGAGCUGGAUGUAUACCUGUAAUCUUGAGUAAUGGAUGGGCUUUACCCUUUCAUGACCACAUCGAUUGGUUCCAGGCAGUAAUAUAUGCAGAUGAAAGACUUCUUUUUCAAGUUCCAGAUAUGCUUAGAUCCAUAUCCGAAUCUAAGAUUAAUGAGCUAAGAAAACAAACACAAUUUUUAUGGGAACGUUAUUUUUCCUCUAUUGAGAAAAUUAUAUUUACUACUUUUGAAAUCAUACGUGAACGCAUUCCAUGGGAAGGUAGCCGGGAAUAUAGGGUAUGGAAUCGCAAUCCUGGAGCAUUGGCCAUAAUACCAAAAUUUGCUAACAAUCAACAAGAACUUCCAUUUCAAGAAUGUGAUCCUGGAAAUGCUUUUACAGCAGUCGUUUAUUCUCAGCUAGGUUCUACACCGGUUCUCUAUAGACUGUUGAAAAAUGUUUCUAAAAGCAAAUUUGUUGAUAAGAUCAUAUUAAUGUGGAAUUCAGAAAUUGCUCCACCUGCUAUACCUCGCUGGCAAGGUGUUAAAGCGCCAGUUCACAUAGUUCUUGCUUCAAGCAUAUCUUACCGAUUCUAUCCUCACCCUUUGAUCAAUACUAGUGCCAUAUUAUCAUUAGAUGAAGACGUGAUUCUCAAUACAGAUGAGAUCGAUUUUGCUUUUAUUGUUUGGCAAAAUUUUCCUGAUAGAAUUGUUGGGUAUCCUGAAAGAUCACAUUAUUGGGACGAUUCCAAGCGAUCUUGGGGCUAUACCAGCAAAUGGACAAAUGACUAUAGUAUGGUCUUGACGGGAGCUGCAGUGUAUCAUCGUUACUAUAAUACGCUUUAUACCGAAACUUUAAGCUCUACUCUGCAUAAAACGGUUGAGCAAUCUCAAAACUGUGAAGAUAUUUUAAUGAAUUUUUUAGUUAGUCAUAUAAUUCGUCGUCCUCCGAUCAAAGUAACUCAACGGAAGAUUUAUAAGGACACAACGGUAGCAGGCAAAAGGUCGCCAUGGAACGAUCCGGACCAUUUUAUCCAACGUCAAACUUGUAUGAAUACAUUUGUUGCGGUCUUUGGUUACAUGCCGUUGCUACGAUCAAACGUAAGACUGGAUCCAAUACUCUUUAAAGAACCCGUAAGUAGCGUGCGCAAAAAGCAUAGGCAAAUUGAGUCGGUUCAUAGCUAGGAUUAUCCGUGUUUUACUAUCGAAAACAUGUACAUUGUAUAAUUAAAAUCGUUUGAAUCAAGGUUUUAUCGAGUUAAUAAGACAAAUGCGUAUUUUUUAAUGUUUUUUACGCAAUAUAAACUUUUAGCGUUCAUUUACAUUCUUUUUUUAUGUUUGUAUCAAAGAAAAACAAAUAAUAAGAUAGCCGUGCCAUUAUUGAAUAAAAAAAAUGUGUAGUAAAGCAACUCAAUGCUACGUUAAUGUUUAAAAAUGUAUAAUAAAACGCAUCCGUGUAAGAACAAUAACUACGAGUAAAGUACUGAAGUACCCAAUAAGUCAAAUUAUUUAUCAA